UGUUGGGAUGUGGCUGCCUGGGAAAGGGAGGCUGCCCAAACGAGAAGCAGCUGGAUGCUGUCGAUGGGAUGGGUGGCUUAGUGGCCUUCCUGGCCCUGCCCUGAGUGAGGGCUGUGAGCAGGGAGAGCCCUGAGCUCUGCAACAGGCUGGAACCAAGGCCAAGCCAGCUCAGAUUGUCAAUCGGUCCAAGAAUGAGCACAUGCAAGAAGCCUUAUGUUGACCAGACUACAAAUCUUGGAAAGUUCGACCCUGAAAUUCUUUCUGAAAUUGAGAAGCUCUUUGCAAAGAAGUUUUCUUACACUAAGCCACUUAAUAAUGAAUGGCAGCUCCCAGAUCCCAGCGAUGCCUUCACGUGUGACCACAAGGAAUUCAACUCGCUUCUUGAUCUGAAGAACUCGAUGAAUGAAGUGAAGAAUCAGCUUAGUGAUAAGAACCUCAUUGAAUGGCAUCAGCACACUUCGUUUACCAAUAAAGCAGGAAAAAUAAUUCCUCACGUGAAGAAAUCUGUGAACGCUGAGCUCUGCACCCAGGCCUGGUGCAAGUUUCAUGAGAUGCUGUGCAGUUUUCCUCUUCUCCCUGCAGAUGCUCUUCAGGAGGGACAGCUGAACUCUGUUCACCUCUGUGAAGCGCCGGGAGCUUUUAUAGCCAGCCUCAAUCACUACUUGAAAUCCCACCACAUCCACUGUGACUGGAAUUGGGUGGCUAAUACUCUAAACCCGUAUCAUGAAGCAAAUGAUACCCUUAUGAUGAUUAUGGACGACCGUCUUAUAGCAAAUACGCUGCCUUGGUGGUACUUUGGCCCGGACAACACCGGCGAUGUGAUGUCAUUGAAACAUCUGACAGGACUUCAGAACUUUGUAAGUAAUAUGGCCACAGUUCACUUAGUAACUGCUGAUGGAAGUUUUGAUUGCCAAGGAAAUCCAGGUGAGCAGGAAGCCCUCGUCUCCCCCCUCCAUUACUGUGAAACAGUCACUGCUCUAAUGAUCCUGGGCGCCGGAGGAUCCUUUGUUUUGAAGAUGUUUACCCUGUUUGAGCACUGUUCUACCAAUCUUCUCUUUCUGCUAAACUGCUGCUUUGAGGAGGUCCACGUCUUUAAGCCAGCCACUAGCAAAGCUGGAAACUCAGAGGCCUAUGUAAUUUGUCUUCGUUACAUGGGCAGAGAGAGCAUUCAUCUGCUGCUUUCUAAGAUGAUGCAGAACUUUGGGACGGAUAUGGUCAACAAAGCUCUUUUCCCCCAGCAUCUGAUCCCAGAAUCUUUUCUUAAAAUGCACGAGGAAUGUUGCGUGUUCUUCCACAGGUGCCAGGUAGAGACUAUCUGUGAAAACAUCUAUCUCUUUGAGCACAUGGAAGAAGCAGAGCAGACAAAACUGAACAAGUUGAGAGAUUGUGCAGUAGACUUCUUCAUGCAAAGAUUUUGUAUGAAACCCAUUGCUAGAAGUAACUGGCUUGUCAAGAAAUCUCAGACUGGUUGCAGCAUGAAUGCAAAAUGGUUUGGGCAAAGGAACAAAUAUUUUAGUACGUACAAUGAAAGAAAAAUGCUGGAAACCCUUACAUGGAAUGAUAAAGUGGCAAAGGGCUAUUUAAAUCACGUGGCUGAAGAACACAGCUUAACUAAUGCUGGUAAAAUGUGCAUUUUGGAAGGAUUGUCUUCUAACCUUAAGUGUAACUUGUGGUACAUUUUGGAAGGAAAGAGGCUACCAGCGGUAAAAUGUUCACCAUUUUGUGAUGGCCAAGUCUUGGAAAAUCUUAACGAAGCUAUGAAUGAACUGGUGGGGAGGCCAAAAACCAAACAGCUGCUGCAGCUUUGUCACUCCUGUGAGGUACUUCCUGGGGAGCAGAUGUUGGCAGAAGUGUCUGAUCUUUACCAGUCUUAUCAGGAGAUCCUGAAUGGAAGACGUGGGGACAAAUUCAAGUGCCUUGUGGUGGAUUUCCCAUCCCUUUAUGAUGCUAAAAGCCAGCCUGGUAUGGAAAUAAAGUGCCUAGACUCGGCCACGCUGCUGACUUUUAGCUUCUCUUUGCUUUAUGAUGGAGAACCAAAAUACCAACAGCAGCUUUUGGAGUGUGUUCUGCAUUCCCUGAAUCAGCUUGCGAUCGGAGAUGCAUUGAUUCUGCCUAUUCUUUCUUGUUUUACACGUUUCACAGCUGGCCUGGUGUUUGUACUGCAUUGCUGUUUCAGGUGCAUCACAUUUGCUUGUCCGACGUCCCACGAGCCACUGAAGACCUGCACUGCUUUGCUGUGUGUUGGCUAUCAGGGUGUCCCAAAUCCAGUUACUGAGUACCUGCAACAUCUGCAUAAGCUAAUGAGUUCUUUGCUAGACUCGGAUUCUCCCAAGCAAGUUUUGCAGUUUGUGCCUAUGGAGAGUCUCCUCCAGGGCAAACUGUUGGAGUUCUUGUGGGAUUUGAACACAGCCAUUGCAAAGAGACAGCUCCAUUUGCUUGUGCAAGCUAAGCAGCAGCAAACGACUGGCAGUAUUUCACUAUAAAAUAACCCUAAAAUCGAGCAAGUUGCUGCUAUGCCUUGUUUCUCAGGCAGGUAGAAGUUAAAAAUGUUGAUGUGAAGGAAACGUCAAUGCCAUGCCUAAGUUGUACAGUCUCGGUACUGGGAGGAUGUUUUGAGCUAUCAACCCUACUUGUGCUGUACUGGGCUGUAGAAACCCUUGGCUUAAUCUCAGGUAUGGGAAGUCAGGGCAGUGACUGAAGUGGACAAACUGUGUCUUCUGUCACCAGUUAUCUGUUCAAAUUUCCUCGUGUGCCACCUGGAUCAGUGAUGUGGCUUUCAUGAUGAAAGGUGGUGUGGUGCCUUACCUGUUUAUUUUGGCCAGGCUGCGGUGGGCUCUGUUUUGUGAUGUUAUCUCUCUUCUGCUGAGCUAAAUAUGGGAGUUCUGACGCUGCUGCUCUUCUCAUGGGAUUUGUGGGAGCCAAAAAUUGAUGCUGGGGCCAGAAUGCCCAGCAGUGUGCAAGCCUGGUGUGCAACUUGAGGGAUCCUGGGAGCUGGCAACUCGUUUGCAGGGGCUGGGUUGAAAACAACUGCUUUUAAACAGUAGCAGAGGCAUCCAGGGAAAGAUUCUCUUUAAGUGUGAAUGCAAGGACCGUGCUGUAUGGCCUAGGGCAGGUGAUUGCAUGGCUUCAUCUCCCUGUCCCAUCAAUGGAUGGAGCAUCUCAACUUUUUUAUGGGCACCUCCUUAACCUGAUUUGGGACUCCUUGAUUGUAGUGCUAUUAAGGAGGAACUGCAGAUGUUUUUCAGGCAAACAGCGUGGUCAGUCAGGGCUCUGUGUUCCAAGAAAUGCUUUGGAGGAGUGCUAAGCUGAAGAAAUGUGAUACUUUCCUUGGGUUAAGAUUUCAUUUGAUUCUCCUUAGAGAUAAAAAUGAUGAAAUUGCUGCCUGGCUGCUCCUUUAAGGGAGUCAGAUUUUAUUUUUUGUAUUGCUCCUUUGAGGGCUGAAUUUUGAAGCCUAACCCGUACAUUAACACUUAGUUUUAAGUUCGUAGUUUACAUGGGAAAACUUGCUUGGAGGGAGAAAUGAUGUUUGGAAGGAAAAAUGAUUUACUGCAGAUAUGUGCAGGAUCUCUUAGAAGAAAGUCAGAAAUGUGGAGCCGGAAGGAAAAUAGUCUCCUGAUUAAUUACCAGUCACCUUCUGGAAGCACUUCUAAUUAUGUAAUAUAGGAGCUUGAAGGAUAAUUGAUUACUGCUAAGGAUUAAAAGCGCUGCUGAAAAACUGUUUUGUCUGGAGGUGUUGCACAUUUAAUAAGCUUUUUUGCCACAUUGAUUGGGGUAGAAUUUCAUGUAUUUAACAGUUCAUUUUUUAUUUAAGGAUUUGAUAGGUGAAUGAGUCGGUGGCUCAGGUCUGAUUAACUGAUAGCAUUUUCUAAAAGUCCUGUUUUUUACAGCUGCAUGUAGGUAGAAGCAGAGAAGCCUUGCUAACAAAAGCUUCGGAGGUUGGUCAUUGUCCCCAUUUAAAUGAGCUUGCUCUGCCAUGAGCUGAGUCACGCUUCCUCCCUCGGACCGGGAGUCGGGAUUUCUUUUGAAAAAGAAAUACUGAAAAUGAGAGGAAAAAAGCAGGGAAGGAAUACUGUGGAAGAAUGACUGACAAGACGGCUUCAGAGACCACCUGUAACAGGCUCCUUUACCUGAGUCAAAGCAGAAUAAAGGUAUUGUCCACCGAAGGCACCUUUGUGUCUCUGCUGCCAUUUCAGAGGUGAUUUAUGCAUCUGAAGCUUGCACUGAGCUGAAGCCUAUGGAAAGGCUUCUCUUAAAGCAGGGGCAAAUGAGAUUUCGAGCGCACGGGUGUUCUUGCAUUGUGGUAUUCUGCUCUGGAGGCUCAUGUAGCAGAAGCAUCCCAACCAGCAGAUGAUUAAUGUGAGGUUUUUCUCCGAACGUCAGUCUGAUCCUUUUGAAUUCUUAUUGUAAAGUAAAAUCCGAGCACCGCUCAGGAUGUGUUUUUCAAACUCGGAUUCUCAAGUUUUCCUUGGUCUGGUUUGCACAUCUGGCAAACUAUGCAGACUUCUUGGAGAUUUCUCCAGUCCCACCUUUCCUCACGUGUUCUACAGUUAAAUCAAGGAGGAUGAGCACAGGAUUAGUUCCCACGGUGACAGGAUGUGUGCAAGGUGUUCCACUUCCCUUUCUUCCUUAGUUCUUAAGAUGAAGCAUUCUGAAUAGCCGCAGAAUGAGAAGCCAGAUCCCUAAAACAUAGGAAAUCCAAUGUCAUAUACAUCCCGGUGCCCCAUUUGCUCUGAGCCUGUUCUGUUAGCAGCUGUCAGGAGGGAUGGAACAAAUCCUUUGGCAGCAGCUGCUCCUUCUGUUAAGGAAAAUAUCUGAUUUGGGAACUCUUCUUUUGUUGUGGCAGCAGUUUCAAAGUUAGGAAUGAGGCUUGUCUCCUUAAUUGUGAGAGUCCUGCAUUGUCCUGGCUUUCUCUAGACCAAGAAUGUCUUUGAGGAGUGACACUUAAUUUCCCUUGUGACUUUUGGAAUAUGUAAGAAUGCAUUAACCUUUGCAGAGAGGGGCUGAUGGCUCCAGCAUUGGGCAGUGCUGUCAGUCCCUUUAGCUGAUUGCGUUUUGGGUGAUGGCUGAUGAAGUGUCUCAGUGUCCUGGCUGCCUUUAUGCUGGCCUCUCUUUUUUUUUUUUCCUUUGACCUGCUUGAAGAUGAACUGGUUGUCAGCUCUCUUUUGUAGGAGCCUCGAUCUUCAUGCAGGGAAGAUGGGGGGGGAAAACAUAGAUUGGUAGAUAAAUAGAACAUAGAUUCAAUCACGGUGCGUGAAGACCCGAAGCAAAAUUAGCUUUGCAGCUCUGCUACUGCAAGUUUCCAAUGGAGGACCAAUAUCUGUGUCCAGUGAUCAGCUGCAAGCUCCACUGUUUUCUUCUGAAUGUCUGGAGCUUCUGUUUUAAGCUAGCAUAGUAGUUGCAUGGAGUUUGAAUGGGUUGGAUUCCUCACCAACCAAAUGUGUUGGUUUUCCUUCUUAGUUGAGUUGCAUUCAGACUUGCCACUUAUUUUCACUGAUCUUAUGUGGAUUUAUUUGGAUGUGCACAGAUUGUGUGUGUUUUUGCCACUGGCUUUCCAAUUUAAUUUCUGCAGAACAUAAUGAGAUUUAUGGUAUGAAAUCCGGUAGCUUAUUAAAAUGGUACUAAUUGGUGUCUAUUCAUCUUAAUCUAAGCUGAUCUAUUAGAUUACUGGUGGUCAAAGUAGAAUAUUUAGCAGAAUUAGAGUUUAUUAAAAGUACAACUUGAAAUUUAACAAGAAGGGCUUUGUGUUCCUUAUGUAGAAAGUGGGAAAAGGAAAGAAGAAACCCCACAUCUUGAUUUUGGGCCUCUGCAACUGGAUGCUUUAGGAUGCAAUAAAUGAAGGAUGACCGGCAAGCUGAAGCCUCAGAGCCUUACAUCUCCUGCUACUGUUCCUAAAACCCAUCUUUUGACAUCUGUUUAAUUUAGAGAUGAUUUUCAGCUUGUUAAUUCUUAAUGGCGAAGCAGCGGAGAUCCUACGUUCAUUUAUCUUACCGUUUUGGGUGGUGUGAAAUACUUUUGUUUAUCGGCUCUUGUUUAGAGCCUCCAUCUCAGCUGCAGCCUUUGAAUCUCUCUCUCUUAUUUUUUUUUUUUUUUUUUUUUU